CUUUAAAUGGUGUUCUCAGCGCGCGGACGCAGUUUGUAUCUUAUUACAAUUCAUUGAAGUUUUUAUUAUAAAUUUUUCGGAAUCAGUUUCGGUAUCGAUAAAUUUAUGAUUUCGGAUAACGAAAGAGAAACAAAAUAAUACCUUCACAACAAUAAGAAAGAAACACUAAAUCUAUGAUCAAAUAACUUGCUCUGUUAAUGAAAAUACUAAAGUUUAUGACCAUCGAAUUUGUUUACAGUUUUGUUUUACUUAAAAUAUAAGUUUAUCUUCGAAAGAAAUAUAGAAUUUUCAAUAAGAAAGUGCUGUAUACUACUUAAGUGUGACAGUGGGUGUGACAGAUAAAAGUGCAUCAGUUUCUGACGUUUCGCAAAAAUAGAACAAAUCUUUGUGCUUCUCCAGAAAACUCAUAAAACAUAACGUAGCCAUAUAAAACUAAAACCACACAAAUUAGUACAACGAUGAAACAACAUAUCAACUAUCAACGACACACUAGCAGGAGUAGUAAUAGUUUACUAUGGAAUAUCCUGCGAGUUGUCUUCAUAAUUUCUGCCCUCACAUUGCAAGUGACAAGAACUGAAGUAUUCACUGCUUUGGCGGAAAUGGAAGAACUCCUUGAGACUGAAUCGGUGCUCCUGAGCAAUUUAGUUGGCUACAUUGGCGUACAACAACACAAACUCAAUUAUCUAAAAACCAAAGUAGAAGAAUAUCGAAGAGAACACACCGAAGCAUCAGCAGAUAUCUCAACGUAUGUCUCGAAUCCCAUCAACGCAUAUUUACUCACCAAAAGACUUACAUCAGACUGGAAGCAAGUGGAGACUCUAAUGGCUCAGGAUGUCGGAAGUGAAUUUUUAAAAAAUAUCACAAACUAUCGUAACGUUUUGAAAUUCCCAUCCGAUGAGGAUCUUAAUGGAGCUGCUGUGGCACUGAUGCGACUACAGGACACAUACAAUCUGGAUACGUCAAGUGUUGCCCGAGGACAACUGAAUGGUGUACAAUACAGCUCAGAAAUGUCUUCAGAUGAUUGUUUUGAAAUGGGACGACAAUCAUAUGUAAAUUCUGAUUAUUAUCAUACGGUGCUUUGGAUGCAAGAAGCUAUGUCAAGACUUCUCGAAGAGCCAGUUAAUAGGACGACAAGCUUCAGCAAAGCGGAUGUACUUGAAUACCUGGCUUUCUCCACUUACAAACAAGGUAAUCUCGAAAGUGCUCUCACAAUGACCAAUGAACUGCUUGAAAUAGUUCCUGACCACGAACGUGCAUCUGGCAACAAAGUCUUCUAUGAAAAAGAACUCGAAGAGAUUGCCCAAAAAACUGUCAAAAAGAAAGUUAAACGCGAUGAUGGUUCUGAUGAAGUUGCCAUUUCUGAUCUUCCAAUUGAAUUAAAAGAAGAACAAGACUCACUUGACCUCUCCGAACGAAAGGUCUAUGAGAUGUUAUGUCGUGGUGACUUAAAACCUCAUCCAAGUCAAUUGAGAUCGCUGCGUUGUCGUUAUGUCAACAAUGGCAUUCCAUUCCUUCGUUUGGCUCCAUUCAAGCUGGAAGAAAUCAAUGAGGAUCCUAUGAUUGUGAUAUACCAUGACGUCAUGUAUGACUCUGAGAUUGAGGUGGUUAAGAAAAUGGCUAAACCACGUUUCCGUCGUGCCACCGUUCAAAAUGCAAAGACUGGCGAGCUCGAAACAGCUCACUAUAGAAUAAGCAAAUCCUCAUGGCUCAAGACUGAAGAACACCCUGUGAUUGGCAAUAUCGUUCAACGUACAGCUGAUAUGACGAGGUUGGAUAUGGCCUCUGCUGAAGAACUCCAAGUGGUCAACUAUGGUAUCGGUGGUCAUUAUGAACCUCAUUUCGAUUUCGCUCGAAAAGAAGAGUCUCGGGCAUUCCAUAAUCUGGGAACCGGGAAUCGUAUUGCAACAGUCCUCUUUUAUAUGAGCGAUGUAGAACAAGGUGGGGCCACAGUUUUCACAGCACUUCGCAAGGCACUCCAGCCAAAGAAGGGUACAGCAGCGUUUUGGUGGAAUUUGCAUAAAUCCGGAGAGGGAGAUUUCAGGACGAGGCAUGCUGCAUGUCCAGUGCUAACCGGAUCCAAAUGGGUUUCAAAUAAAUGGAUACAUGAGCGUGAACAGGAGUUCAUACGUCCAUGUGGUCUGGAGCCUGACCAUGGAGAGUUCGCCAUUUAGUGCGGUUCCGGUUGCUGUGAUGGCAGAAACCCGAAACACAAAUGUGGAAAUGAAUAUAAGGAUUUUAAAAUAAAGUUCUAUAUAGAUUUAGUUAUGUAGCUUCAUAUGUGAAGAAUGUAUGUGGGCUCACUUAAUACUCGAACAAAUUUAAUACACUCCACACAAAAAGUAUUGGUUCACUUUUAUUAAAAAUAUAUUUUAUUUAAUUUACUCUUGUACUUGUACUUAAGUCUUCCCUACGAUAACCUUUUUUCUGUCUUUAAAAAAAAAGGAUGAACUUCCUUUCCCAGUGCAAUAUUUUCGUCUUUUCAAUUCGAUUGAUAAAGAUUUACACUUGUUGUUAAAAUUUAACACUUUUAAAAAAAAUAUUUAGUGAACAUUUAUUUUGUUUUAUCGUACAGUGUGAAAAAGAUAUCAUUUAACAGGAGGUAAAAGUAGAUUUUAUAAAAAUAAAAGUGAACCAAUACUUUUUUGCCAGAGUGUAUACAAAAGACUAUAGUGAAAUUUUUCCAUUAUUAAAUUAGAAUAGAUUCUGUAUGUGGGUUUAUAUUGUACACGAACGAUGUAUACCCAACUACAGAACAUUUAAUGUAAAGAAGAAAUGAAAAACAUAAAAUAGGUGUAAUCAAAUUAAAUCUUAAAUCUUGUUAUAAGUUUAAUAUGUACAGACAGACACUUUUUAUAGGUAUUUUUUAAACUUUUCAUUUUAAUUUUUAAGUACCUACGUAACUAAUCGAAUAUUAUUUUUUAUCCUAAUGAGAUGAUAAUGACAAGAAGAAAUUAAAUGAAAAAAAAUACGAA